CCGAUACCAACUUUCUUGUUUCUAUCCAUAUUUUCAUGAUUUACAUUGUUUGCGUGUAAGAAAUUUGCAGCUUUGAGUGACAGGCAUAUACAGUUAAUCCUCAAGCAUGUCUGAGGCGACUGAUAGCGCCAAGACAGAAGUAAAAACUGUAGAAGAAAUUCUAAACUCAAAAACAAAUGAUGACUUAAAAUUUGGACUUCUAAUUGGAUUAAUCAAGGUGAACCAGGUGUCAGACAAGGAUGUUGUCAACACAGUUUUACACUUGUUGGUUGGCGGGGAGUUUGACAUUGAGGCAAACUUUGUCAUUCAGGAUCCCAGCAACAUCGUACAGAUGCUCAAGGUCGUGGAACACUGCCCUGCAACACUCCAGGCUGAAAUCUGGAGCGUGGUUAUGGCAAUGCUGAAGAAGAGUCGUCGUAAUCUUCAGGCUUGUACGGAAGUCAGGCUGAUUUCCCGAGUUAUGGCCAUGAUCCUGGAUGCGGAGGAUAUUGUUGCUGAUCUACUGGUUGACAUGUUGGGGGCGUUAGCAGCGUACAGUAUUACAGUGCAGGAGCUGAGACAGCUGUUUCGUUACCUGAAGGCUGCAGACGGACAAUGGCCACGCCACUCGGUAAAGCUGAUCUCGGUGUUGAAGCAGAUGCCACAGAGACAGGGCCCUGACGAGUUCUUCAGCUUCCCAGGAAAAAAGGGAUCUUGUAUGCACCUGCCACCUAUCAAGACGUGGCCAUACCAAUCUGGCUGGACAUUCUCUUGUUGGCUCCGUCUAGAUCCAGUCACAGGGGUAACUGUGGAACAGGAACGACCACACCUCUUCUGUUUCCAAACCAACAAGGGGGUGGGGUACUCAGCCAACUUUCUGGGUAACGCUCUUGUCAUCACCUCUAUGAAAAUCAAGGGCAAGGGAUUUCAGCACUGCGCUAAAUACGAAUUCCAGCCUAGAAAGUGGUAUAUGGUGACGAUAGUGUUUGUAUACAAUCGCUGGAGUAAAUCUGAAGUGCGAUGUUACGUUGACGGUCAACUGGCCUCGGGAACUGACAUGUCGUGGCUCGUCAGUACGCCUGAUCCAUUUGACAAGUGUUAUAUUGGGGGCAGUUCAGACGGGGAUGUUGACCACAUGUUCUGUGGUCAGUUGUCUACCCUGUACAUGUUUAGCGAGGCCCUUUCCCCUCAACAGAUAGCCGCCAUGCAUGAGCUAGGACCCAGUUAUAAGAGCCAGUUCAGAUUUCCAAAUGAAAGCAAUAUCAGGCUAUCAGAAACAGCACAAAGGCUGUUGUAUGAUGGGAAGCUGACGUCUCUGAUCGUCUUCAUGUACAACCCGAUUGCGUGUGACGGACAGCUGUGUCUCGAGUCGUCGCCAAAAGGCAACGUCAGCCACUUCCUACAUUCCCCUCAUGCGAUGAUGUCAGGGGAGGUGAAGUCAGUCAUCACACAUUCCAUCCACAGCACACUACAUUCCUUGGGAGGGGUGCAGAUCCUGUUCCCCCUAUUUGGACAGUUGGACUUGCCCUUGUGUCAAGCGGAGGGAACGUCCUCUACAGUCAAACAUUCCACUUGUGACCCGAUUGAAUUAAUAUUUGCGAACCUGCUUGGUCUCCUGUAUAAUUUAAUAGAGAGUUCGUCCACCAUUCACCAACAGAUGGUCCAAAACAAGGGGUUCCUCGUCAUAGGGCACCUACUAGAAAAGUCAUCAAAGGACCACAUUACCCCAGCAGUGUUGGAGGUUUUCCUCAAGCUCACCAACUACCUGGUCAAGUGUCCGACAGGCGGCACCCUUCUCAAGCACCUGUUUGACCAUAUUUUGUUUAACCCGGCACUCUGGAUUCACUCAUGCAUGGAGGUUCAAACGAAGCUGUACUGUUACCUGGCUACGGACUUCAUCAGCGAUGCCCAGAUAUACAACAACAUACGGCGUGUCAGUGCCGUACUCCAGACCAUGCAUACACUCAAAUACUACUACUGGGUCGUUAACCCUCAAGAUAGAAGUGGAAUCACACCCAAGGCUGUCGAUGGACCCAGGCCUGACUACGAUGAGAUAGUGAAGUUACGAUCCUUCAUGCUGCUCUACCUGAAACAACUUCUGAUGAAGGGCCAAGGUGUUCAGGAGGAUGAAUUACAGAGCAUGCUCAACUACCUGUGUACUCUCCAUGAGGAUGACAACCUGAUAGACGUUCUAGAGCUUCUGGUCAGUCUCAUGUCAGAAAACGCAGCGUCCAUGGUCCCCAGUUUUGACCAUAAGCAGGGCAUCAGGACUGUUUUCAAGUUACUGGCAUCCCCCAAUGAAGACAUUCGUAUCAAAGCAAUGAAGCUGUUUGGAUUCUGGCUUAUGAGAAGUACACCAAAACGUAAGCAAGACGCCCUCUCCAAUCACAACCUGUUCUCCCUGCUCGGGGAACGCUUACUGCUCAAUGACCAGCAUAUCACCAUAGCAACAUACAAUGUCCUGUUUGAGAUGUUGACAGAGCGUAUGAGUGUGGAGGUGCUCAAAUUGAGGCAUGAGGAACCAGAUGGACACUUCAGGAUUGAAAACUCCGCAAUGCUGAAAGUGAUGGCAAUGAUGAUUCGCCAGUCCAAGCCAAGCCCUCUUGUCCUGGAAGUGAAGAAAAAGUUCCUCUCUGACCUGACCAUCUUAUGUUCAAACAACAAGGAAAAUCGCAGGAUGAUACUGGUUACAUUUGAUCGGACGGUCCUGCAGAUGUCUGUGUGGCAGGAUUGGCUGUUCUCCAUGGCAUACGUGUACCCGCAGGACCAGGAGCAGCAAAAGGUGACAGAGAUGGUGAUGGCGUUGUUUCGCAUGCUCCUCCAUCACGCCAUCAAGUACGAGUAUGGAGGAUGGAGGGUCUGGAUUGAUACCCUCGCCAUUCUACACUCAAAGGUUGCAUAUGAAGAUUUUAAACUGCACAUGGCCAAGAUGUAUGCCAAGUAUGACAGACAGAGAGUGGAUGACAAUGCAGACCAUGAGGAGCGAAGCCAGCGACCUAUUAGCACUAUAUCUGGAGUUUCUGAUGCUGAACUUAACAAACCUAUCCCUAAAUCAACUGUUACUGUCACUGAAAUUAAAGAUUCUGAUCCAGCCAAUGAGAAUGCAGCACUGGGUGAAUCUAGGCAGCCAUUGGAAGGUGAAAAAGAGUCUCCUAGUGAAAGUGAGGCUAGAGACAAAAUGGACCAAUCAAAAGGUAGCAUUGCAGCAGGUGGAGAUUCAAAGGAGGUUUCAGAGUCCAUUCAAAAUGGACAUGCUGGGAAUGAUGAGAUGGAGGAAAACCAGCAUGGUGAUAAACGAAAAGUCCCAUCUCGGACUGAAUCAACUCGUAGUGGACAUAGAAUGUUUAGUUCUGGGCCCAGGGCCCCACCAUUUAGAAUACCAGAAUUUAGAUGGUCCUAUCUACAUCAAAAGCUAUUAUCAGAUUUAUUGUUCUCCAUAGAAACGGAUGUCCAAGUGUGGAAAAGCCACACAACAAAGACAGUCAUAGACUUUGUGAACGCUAGCGAGAACAACAUCUACGUGGUGAAUGUUACACACAUGAUAAGCCAACUGGCUGACAAUCUCAUCACUUCCUGUGGCGGCCUGCUGCCGCUUCUGGCAGCUGCAACCUCAUCUAAUGGUGAGGUAGAGAUUCUAGAGCCGACCCAGGGCUUAAGCAUCGAACAGGCCGUCUCCAUCCUCCUGAGGAUUAUGAACCUUACAGACAUUCUGGUGUUUGCCAGCUCUACAAACUUUGUUGAGCUUGAGCAGGAAAAAAACAUGCCCUCAGGUGGAAUCCUCAGACAAUGUUUACGUCUUGUAUGCACUGCAGCUGUUAGAAACUGUUUGGAGGUUAGACACCGCAGGAUACCGCAGACUCCACCGACUCCUUCAAGUAAUGCCCAUCCCCUGGCCCAGCAUAGAGACAGAGCGGGUACUAAUGGGUCCACUGACCCUAUACAGGCUCUUAUAGAGGGAUCUCAUCCCACACAGAGGAACAUAGUCGAGAACCUGAACGAGUCAGUAUCGCCCAUCAAGGACUAUGAGAGACUUCUACAGGAUAUGGACAUCAACAGGCUGAGGGCUGUAGUCUACAGAGAUGUGGAGGAGACAAAGCAAGCACAGUUCCUUGCCUUAGCAAUUGUGUACUUUACAUCUGUUCUGAUGGUGUCAAAAUAUCGAGACAUUCUAGAACCGCCUAGCCCUGCCCAGACACCAAGCCAGUCCUCAAGACGAUCCUCAAACCAUGCACCUUCAGGAAACAAGUCCCAUGAAGGAGAAGAAGAUGAGGAAGAUGAGGAAGAUGAAGAUGAUGAAGAUGAUGAAGAUGAGGAGGAGAGUGGUACACCUGAGGGUGACCGUUCUGUAGAUGAACAAGAUGUCAAGCUCAGUGUCCCUGUUGAAGUGCAUGAACAAGAUACAGUUUCAGAAGGAGAUGCGCUAGAAGAGACCAGGGCAAAUAAAACAGAGAGGCCGCCUACUGAAGGAGGAGACAAUGCUGAACAAACUGAUUCCAAACCAGAGGAAGGAGAUGGAGAAGAGGAAGCAGAAACAGAUGCUCCUGCCAAGCAAGAGGAAGAUGCAGAUAAUACUGAUGGUGGUAAUACAGAGGAAAAAGCAAAAGAUACUGACAGUGAUAAUACAGAGGAAAAAGCAAAAGAUACUGAUGGGUGUGAUGCAGAGGAAAAAGCAAAAGAUGAUGCAAAACCUGAUGAAGAUUAUGAAAGGGAAGAAGAGGCUGAUGGAAACCAGGAGAUGGUAGAAGAGGAAGUCAAGGAAGAUGAAGAAACUAAAGAUAAAGUAGUGGCUGGUGAGGAGUCAGGAGAUGAGAAGAAAGGGGAUGAGAAAGAGGAAGGUGAAAACGCGAAACAGGAAAGUGAAAAUGAACAUAAAGCUGAAGACCAGAUUGAAGAUGAGGAGAAACCGAAAGAAGAGACAAAUACAAAGGGUGAGCAGCAAGUGUCCGCAGAGAAAGUGGCAGAUGAUAAUGAUCAAAACACUGAAAAAGAAGAUGACGAUCAAGCAGUAGCUGAACUUGGAACAGAACCGUUGCCAACCAUAUCUUCUAUAUCAGCUGGUGCAAGAAAACACAGUGAAAGUGAAAAUCACAGUACAAAGCCUGAAAAACUUGAGCUGAAAAGCACACCGAUCCCAGCCCCUGUAAACCUUGCCAUGUUGGACUCAGGAAACCUCACAGAGAGAUUGGAGAAGGCUUUGGGCUCUGUUGCACCACUGCUGAGGGAGAUCUUUGUGGACUUUGCACCUUACCUGUCCAAAACUUUGAUUGGAUCUCAUGGCCAGGAACUCUUGAUUGGAGGGCUGGUGACGCUGAAGCAGAGCACAUCUGUGGUGGAGCUGGUGAUGUUGUUAUGCUCUCAGGAAUGGCAGAACUCCCUCCAGAAACAUGCUGGCCUUGCCUUUAUAGAGCUCGUUAAUGAGGGAAGGUUGCUAGCCCACGCUACCAGGGACCAUAUUGUGAGGGUGGCAAAUGAGGCUGACUUUAUCCUGAACAGGAUGAGAGCAGAGGAUGUACAGAGGCAUGCAGAGUUUGAGUCCCUGUGUGCCCAGAUGAUGUUGGAUCGUAGGGAGGAAGAAAAGCUGUGUGACCACCUAAUCACCUCAGCCAAAAGGCGGGACUACUUUCUUUCCAUGAAACUGCGUGAUAAAGUCCUGAAUAUCCUGGCCAAUAAGCAUGGGGCUUGGGGAGAACCAGACAAACACGAUGAUGAGUUUUGGAAGCUUGAUGUCUGGGAAGAUGACAGUCGCCGACGGAGACGGUUUAUACGCAAUUCCAUCGGCUCCACCCACCCUGAGGCUACACUCAAGGCAGCCUUAGAACAUGGAGCUACAGAGGAUGCUAUCAACCAGGCACGGGACGCGUUCCAUGCCCACCUUGCGAGCAAAAAGGCAUCGUCCCUCCAACCUGACUACACUGAUGAAGAGUUGCUGAUGGAAGAUGUUUCCGAGUUUGACAGGGAAUAUUCCGGUCCAGUGGCCAUGUCGACCACAUGUAAGCUGGUUGCCCCUGGGGUUGCAAUCAAUGGCCUUAUGUCCAUCACCAAGACAGACCUGUACUUUGAGAUGGAUGAGGAUGAUUCAGAGAACAAAACAAUAGACCCUCAGGUGUUGGCGUACAUCGACUACCUGCACGGGAAGUGGAACUUCAACGAGGUUCGUGCCAUCUUCGCCCGCCGCUACCUACUACAGAAUGUGGCCAUCGAGAUCUUCCUUGCUAACAGGACUGCAAUCAUGUUUGCAUUCCCGGACCAUGCCACGGUGAAGAAAGUGAUAGCUGCCCUGCCCCGGGUUGGUGUGGGUGUCAAAUAUGGGCUCAGUCAGUCAAGGAGAAUGUCAUCAGCGUCUGGCAAGCAGCUGUUCAAGAUGUCGUCCAUGACUCAGAAAUGGCAGCGACGGGAAAUCUCCAACUUUGACUAUCUGAUGUACCUCAACACAAUAGCUGGUCGGACAUACAACGACUUAAACCAGUACCCCGUGUUCCCGUGGGUGAUUGUCAACUAUGACACAGACGAGCUGGAUCUCUCUCAACCCAACAACUUCAGAGAUUUGUCUAAGCCUAUUGGUGCAUUGAACCCAGGGCGUCGUGAGUUUUUUGAGGAGCGUUACAACUCGUGGGAACAUGACCAGAUCCCACCAUUCCACUACGGCACCCACUACUCAACCUCUGCGUUCACACUUAACUGGCUUAUCAGGGUGGAGCCGUUCACCACAAUGUUCCUGAACCUACAAGGUGGGAAGUUUGACCACGCUGACCGCACAUUCCACUCUAUCUCCCAGGCGUGGAAAAACUGUCAGCGGGAUACAUCUGAUGUCAAGGAGCUAAUCCCCGAGUUUUUCGUGCUCCCUGAGAUGUUUAUGAACACAAACCGUUACCAGCUGGGCAACCUUGAUGAAGGGGACCAGGUGACUGACGUUGUCCUGCCUCGCUGGGCCAAGAGUGCCGAGGACUUUGUUAGGAUCAACAGAAUGGCUUUGGAGUCCGAGUUUGUAUCUUGCCAGCUGCAUCACUGGAUUGAUUUAAUCUUCGGAUAUAAACAGAGAGGACCAGAGGCGACUCGAGCAACCAAUGUGUUCUACUACCUGACCUAUGAGGGCAGUGUAAACCUGGAGUCUAUGACUGAUCCGGUCAUGAAAGAGGCUAUAGAGAACCAGAUCCGUUGUUUUGGUCAGACACCGACCCAGUUGUUAGCUGAACCCCACCCACCCCGCAGCUCUGUAAUGCAUCUGUUGACACAAAAUUAUAGCAAAGCAAAUAGAAGCAUUUUGAAAAAGUCCCCGAUGAUGUUCACAAGCGUUCAGGAUGAUGUGUGUAUGAUCAUGAAGUUCCUGUCUAACUCGCCAGUGUGUCACGUGUCGGCCAACACUCAUCCUGCUGUCCCCGUGCCAGCUGUCACAACCAUCACGUGCAAUCAUAACUUUGCCAUCAACAGGUGGAACACAAACUACCAACACCAGGGCACGCCGACUAGUCUUGGGUCCCCGGAGAAUAAAGAUGGAAAGGAAGCCACACCAAACCUGCCCCUGGCCAUGGACCAACUACUGGUAUUGAACACGGGCUUACAGCGACGAAGCCUGGGAGACAAUUUUGAUCAGCGACUCAAGGUGAAUGCUAGCCACUUUGUUACUACCGCAGACAACCGCUUCAUCUUUGCCUGCGGGCACUGGGACAAGAGCUUCAGGCUCUACCUGGCCGACACCGCCAAGAUUCUGCAGGUUGUGUAUGGCCAUUUUGACGUGGUGACGGUGAUUACGAGAUCGGAGUGUAACCUUAACCAGGACUGUUAUGUGGUGACAGGGUCCAAGGACUGUACCGUCAUGGUGUGGAUGUUCACGUCCAGAAACCAGGCUAUCAUAGGGGAUAAUGGAAGUAUAGAGCAGCCAACACCCAAGGCAACAUUGACAGGGCACAAGUCUGAGGUGACCAGCAUCAACGUCCUUGCUGAGCUGGGGAUGGUCAUCAGUGGUUCUGUGGAUGGCCCAUGCCUGGUACACACCCUGAGUGGAGACCUCCUGCGUUCCCUUGAUGCCCCGGGUAACCGCCAACUGACCGCCCAGCUCCUGUGUAUGUCCAGGGAGAUGUUUGUGGUGGUCAAGUUUGAUCAGGGAGAGAUCUGCAACUUCAACGUCAACGGCCGGCUCCAGAAGCACAUCAAACAUAAGGAUAAUGUACAGGCUAUGACACUGAGUCGAGACGGCCAGUACCUGAUGAUGGGAGGUGACAGCGGGAUCGUAGAGGUGUGGCGAUCUCAUGACCUGACACUCCUGUACACAUAUCCUGCGUGUGAUAGCAGUAUCUGCUCCCUGGCACUCUCACAUGACCACAAGUUCCUGCUUGCUGGGCUGGCCACAGGUUGUCUACUGGUGUUCAACAUCGACUUCAAUAAAUGGCACCAUGAGUACCAGGAAAAAUAUUAGAGACAUCACUGUAGAAAAUAGAAGAAAAAAUGUAACCCUAACUAGGCAAAGACAAGAACCAAAUGGGAAAACUAUGAGAAUUGACUUAAAAAAAUACACAAGAUUUUAUAAGAUAAAAGUCUAGAAUACUUGCUUGUUAAAUAAAGCAGACUUGUAAUACUAGUAAAAAGAAAGACUUAACCAAGAAAGUACGGACUACUUUACAUUGCAAGAGACUUGUAUUAAAGAUUUUGUUGACUGUGAUGUGUGAGUACUGGAUACAUUAUACAUUGUGGGUUUCCACAUGAAUACAUAACAUUAUAUCUUAUUUUGAUGUAUAAAAGUAUGCCUUUCAUCUUUAGAAAGCAGUAGUUGUAAUUGUGAGGAAUCUAGGAGGUAUUGUCAGUGUUACAUUUGUUUAGAGACAGUUAUUUUGCAUACAUGUUUAAGAGGAUCAAAAAUUUAAACCGAACAAUUGUUUUUUUCUUAACCUAAAAUUUAAAUCAAUAGAAUUAUAUGAUUGGAUGAUUUUAUUUUCAAUGUAUUCAUGUAUUACAAGGCUUUCUCCGUUUUGAGUGAAGGAGUAUAUUUGCAGAGUGUGUACGGUACUGAUAAUUUGUUACAUUGCAUAGUGCUAGUCCCUUCUGUGUUGUAUACAACACACAGAUUCCAUUGACUCAAUCAUCAAUGUUUGUAGACAUGACCAUGAGGGUACAAGUUGUGGAUGGAAAUUAGUGAGGGUUUUCAUUUAAUAAAUGAAAGCGGUCUUUUAAUUGAAUAUUUGAGCUUAAACAUGUGUAUGUUAAUUUGUAUCUGCUUUUGUUAACUAUUAAAUAUAUGCUUGUAUAGCUGUUUGGUUAUAUUUAUAAAGAAAUGUGUACAUGUGGUCAUAUUUAUAUGUACAUGUAAGAGUACGCCUGCAUCUGUUAUUAUUUAGUCUAACAACAUACAUGUAUAUUUACUAUAAGUUAUUUUAUUCGUUGUUCUGUAGUAACAAAUUGAUUAAUUCAUACAUGUAAUGGUAUGAAUGCAUCCUCCAAGGUAUAGUAGUUAUUUAAUCAGUAGUUCAGUUUCGUAUUUAUAGAAAAUAUUUAUUUUUAAAUUUUGUUAUUUAAUGAAUAGAUGUGUUUUUACUUAAAAUGAGAAUAUCAUACGGGAGCCGUUUAAAACAGAUUAAAGCAUAUAAGUUGUAAUUUUUAUCAUCUUAAAUCUGUAUAAACAUCACAAAUGGCAAGACAUAGUUUUGUUUUUAUUUCGUCGACUUUCGUGUUCAAAAUUAAUAGUGGCUAAACUUUCAUUCACACAAAUAUGUCUAUAAAAAAUGAAAUUAUGACUUUACUAAGAUUAUUUCAGUUUAUGACUAUUAAAAUGGCCCCCAGGAAUUGGAAAUGAAAAAUAUAAUAUGGGAAUUCAAUUUGAAAUUGAUUUUUAGCCCCACAAAAAAACAAGCUCUAAAAAGGUAAAAAAUAGAUGCUUGAUUACAAAUUCUCAAUCCUUAACUUCAUUUUUUUACUCAAAAAGUAUGAAAAUUUGGCGAAAGACCUAAAAUUACCCUCUUUCUUUAUAGGUUAAAAAGUUCCUUUGUUACAUUCAUUGCAUUCCAAUUAUUUUGUUACUGGUCUGAGUCAAUGUUAAUUGAAUUGUGUUGCCCUUCAAAAGGGUAUUCAUAUAUAUAUAUAUAUA